CUUGAUAGCUAACCGAGUCAUAUUUUUGCCUCGGGCUCUUAAGGCCUGCUCGAGCUCUCGGCUCAUUCGUGACUCUAGAACCCUAGUGAAGAGUCCAUACAAGUAAGUAGCCCUAACCCACCCUCUACACAGUAGCUAAACCUUUUUCUUCUUUCGUUACAGACCUUCGCUCUUCUUCUUCUGUACCUACUAAAACCACAAGUUUAGGUCUACGAAGAAAUUCAUUCAAGGUUAAUGCAAUUGCAACCAAGUAUGAGCCCACGAAGGUUAAGCCACAAGCUGACAGAGUGCUAAUUCGCCUGGAGGGACUCAGGGACUGUAACUCGAGGCUCUCUCCCCACCUCCAUCGUUAGAGCACUUUUCAACUUCGGUUUAGAUGAAUCGCCGGUUUACUUUUCUCUGUCAUUCAAUACUACUAAACCCCACACGCACAUCAACCGUUUCAAACCCUCGAACAAAUGGGUUCAGGGCAUUCAUGUACACAUCAACCCAGUUCAAUAACAACUACAAGUUUAGAAAAAAUAAUGUCAGCCCAGACCCAAAUGACCCAUCAACCCUAAUGAAAGAAGACGGUGUAUCAGUCUGUUCAGAGUUAUGGAUAGAAAGUUUUAGAAACCCUAAUCAAACUCUCACCAAUUUAACUAAUUACUUAAGAAGAUUCGAGUUAUGGGUCUUAGCUUAUCAGAAAGUUUGUGCUGAUGAAAUGGGUGCUUACAUGCCGAAAAGUUCGGUACAAAGAUCAGCACUUGAGGAUUUACUUGCGCUUAGAAACGCGGUUCUUGAUAACCGCUUUAGGUGGGGUGCGCGCUUGGAGUUUUUUAUUAAGUCGCCAAAGGAUAAGACUGAGUAUGAGUCGUUGUCGAAGAGGAAGAUUAGGGCGAUAUUGACUACUACGCAGCCGAGCCCGUUUCAAGAUAGGAUUGUGCAAGAGGUUUUGUUUAUGAUUUUGGAGCCCGUGUUUGAAGCGCGGUUUUCGGAGAAGUCGUACGCGUUUAGGCCCGGCAGGACUGCGCAUACUGCGUUGAGGGUGAUUAGGAGGAGUUUCGCGGGGUAUUUGUGGUAUAUAAAAGGGGAUUUGAGUACCGUUUUGGAUGGGAUGAAAGUUGGAUUGGUGAUUAGUGCGUUGACGAGGGACGUGAGGGAUAAAAUGGUGAUCGAUUUGGUGAAAUCUGCGUUGACGACUCCGGUAAUCACAAGCCCGCCUGUAGAAAAGAAGAGAAUUCGGCGGAAGUAUCAGAAAAAGCGGGUUUUAGCGGAAGACGAACCUAAACCCGACCCGUAUUGGUUAGAGUCGUUUUUCGGGUUUGCACCUGAAGAAGCUGAAAAGGUUCCUACUUGGGGGCAUUGCGGGAUUUUAAGCCCGUUACUGGGUAACAUUUGUCUAGAUGAAUUAGACCGUUGGAUGGAGGGUAAAAUUAAGGAAUUUUACCGACCGUCAAAGAGUGACGUAAUAUGGAAUAGUCCGGAAGGAGAAGUUGACCAAGGGAAUACGUCUUGGCCCGAGUUCGUUCCGACUAGCGGGCCUGAUAAAACUCGAAGAAUCGAUUAUAUACGUUUCGGUGGUCAUUUCUUGAUUGGAGUUCGUGGCCCGAGAGCGGAUGCAGCGAUUCUUAGAAAACAAUUAAUCGAGUUUUGUGAUCAGAAAUACACGCUCAAACUCGAUAACGAGUCUCUCCCGAUUGAGCAUAUAACAAAAGGAAUAAUGUUUCUUGAUCAUGUUUUAUGUAGAAGAGUUGUAUAUCCGACUCUUAGAUAUACCGCAACGGGUGGUAAAAUCAUAAGUGAAAAAGGCGUUGGUACUUUAUUAUCGGUAACCGCGAGUCUCAAACAAUCCAUUAAACAGUUUAGAAAAUUGGGAUUCUUAAAAGGGGAUAGAGAUCCGGACCCGCAACCGUGUUUCCGGAUGUUUCACGCCACACAAGCGCACACGAACGCACAAAUGAACAAGCUUUUGACUACAAUGGUCGAGUGGUAUCGGUUUGCUGAUAAUCGAAAAAAGAUAGUGAAUUUUUGUUCUUAUAUUAUACGAGGUUCGCUUGCUAAACUCUACGCUGCCAAAUAUAAGCUUCGUUCGCGUGCGAAAGUUUUUAAAAUCGGUGAUAGAACACUUGGACGUCCGUUAAAGGCGAAAAAAGGGCAGUCACCGGCAUAUAAUAAUUUAUUAAGAAUGGGUCUUGCGGAGUCGAUUGAAGGACUUCAGUAUACACGAAUGUCGUUGGUGCCCGAGACUGAUUACAGCCCGUUUCCGGUGGGCUGGAGGCCCGAUCACGAGAAGGCGUUGCUUGAAUAUAUAAGACUGGAUGAUCCGAAAACAUUUGAACAAAAUCGUACGACUUUAAUUGAAGAAGGUCUCAUUUCACCUCAAGAUUAUGUUUCUAUGCUUGUUUGGAAUUAUAAAAGAAGUGCAACCAUUAAUGGUGUUAAUAACUCGGAAGAAGGUAAAAUGUUGUUGGAAUCGGGUAAUGAAAAAGACGAGCGUGGUAUAGAAGACGAAGAAGAACAUGAGGAACAUGACACAUUGCUAUAAGUGGAGUGAGCCAGUAAUCAUUUAGUCAUCGUUACAAAUCAGAAACAUGAGUUCACUCUCAUCAGUUCCCCUAAUUUUAAUCCCAACAUUUCUUAUUAAAAUGACACACUUAAUGCGUUGCAUGCACAAACUUUAAGUGAAAAUCAAAA